CAUAUGUUUGUCUCAGUUCAGAUCAUCUUUGUCGAUCAGGAAUGAUUAAAAGCAAGGUCACGCACAUUUCAGUGAACGAAAACAAAAUAUUUCUUGCUGUACUAAUCAAACGAUGGCAGCCACAAAAACUAUGUCGAAAUUGCUGGCUAGCGGCGACUCGAACAACCUCGCCAUGAGUUCCAUUUUCAAUUCCCGGGGAUUUCACAGCGACAAGAACUCGACGACCAAUUUCUUCCUGAAACGAACAAACACUGCAGUAGUUCCAGUUGCAAUGGAAGAAAACUUUGAAGUUGAAUUUGAAACCGAAGAAGCUUCCCAGCGGUUACAGAAUGGACAUAUUACCCCCGUUAAAUUCAGCCACGAUACAGACCCUAAGAUACUGCACGUUGCAGGCUUAGAAAAUGGAAAUGUCCAAAAUGUUUCUGGAAAAAGCUGUCAAAAUCACGAAGAUUUCGAACCAUUUGAGACAGAUGAAAUAAUUCUUUCAUCGGCCAAUGAUACUGUUAGUGACGAGGAAAUUUUGCACCCGCUUUUGGCGAAAGAGAUCAAACAUUUCCAAGAGCAGUACGGCACCGAUAGUAUCGUGGAGGUUGAAGUUACAGAUAUGGCGGCGGUAACUAUGAAAAUUGACAUCGACUUUCUAGACGCCUCGAUAGCAUCGGCGUGGUUUUUUAAACCAAAUGAAUACAUUCUGCUUAAACUGGUCUUUCACAAUAUGUUGUUUCUGGACGGCCUGCCACCAAGGGUGUCAAUUAUCCACCAGUACGGACCUUCUGUCAAGUUCCCAGUUGGAAGACAGUUGGAAAAGAUCAUGGAAAAGUACUUCAGUAAUAUGUGGCCCUUACUUGCAAAUAGGAGUCUAGAACGCAUUUUAAACGAGCACUUAACUAAAUGCAAAUGUGGUAGCUUAAGAGAACUUUUGAAUUUGGGCUUUCCUGAAUCGGAAGUUUCGGCAGCGCUUAAGCAGUGUGGAGAAAGUGUCAGUGAAGCAGCUAGUUUUCUAAUCGAUAAGGGAGGCCUGGAGAACAACGGAAAUGAUGGCUCGCCUAGUAAAACUACUCCCAGUUUUUCAUCUCCAAAUUGCAAUACUUCAUCUAGCAAUAAAUCGCCCUCGCCAUCUUUAAACAACAGUUCAUCGCCAAAGUCUACGAAACUUAAAAACAUGCUGGGAGUUUUUGUGAGAUUGCUGUCCCGAUCGGAUAGCUCAGCCAGUGCUUACAAUAAACAGCUAAGUUUGAGUCUGGUCAAUCUAAGUGCAGACGGUUUGAAAGCUAAAGAGGUGCCGCCUUUGGAGUAUGGACUGCUAAACCAGGUCUAUACUUACGUCAAAAAUAGAAUCGUAUCAAUUAAUGAGUUUUGUGUCAUUUGCGACGAGCCGCAUGUUUUUCAAAAUGCAGAAUGGCAGUACAUGCUUAAACCUUCAGUAUGUAGCCGAGAACUGUGUUGCUUCUCGUUCCAGCAAAUGGGAGUGAUGAAUGAUGCAACCGACUCGUUAGCUACAGGAGCCGAAGUUACAGACCUUCUAGUCGCGUUAGCCAAAGCGGCCCUGAAAUCAAAAAGACGUGAAAUCAUAUUCGACCCCUACCCUAUAGUAGUUGACCCAAACAACCCAAAAGAAUUUGUGCUAACCCCAAAACGAAAGAAUUUUGCAUUGCUAGAAUCACUUUUUGAAAAAAUAGAAGAAAUAGGUUUUUCGGAGUUCAUAGAUUCGCAGCAUUUUCAACAGAAGCUGUAUAAAUCAGAUCCAUGUUUAUAUCCAUUAGUAUCAUGGCUAGUAAUGUCCAACCGCAGUCAUAUUGUUAAGAUUCCCUCAAGAUUUCAACUCUCAUUUAUGCAUACACCUCACCAGUUUCUACUCCUGAGCAGCCCGCCGAGUAAAGAAGCAAUUUUUCAAGAGGCGAAGAAAACUGAAAUGCAAGGCAGUUACUUUGCGUUUCACGGAAGUCUUAUAGAAAACUGGCAUUCAAUUUUACGAGGAGGUUUGCUUGUCGGAACGGGCACUAAACAUCAAGUACAUGGUGCGGCUUAUGGAAGAGGCAUUUACCUCUCACCUUUGUCUUCGGUAUCGUAUGGGUACUCAAACUGCGGCCAUGGAGAGUACAAUGGAACUGAUUUGCCAGUAGGUGCAGUAUCCUCAAAAACGGCUCCCGGUCAGAAAUCGAGGUUUAUUUCAGGGAAAAACAUAACCUGUAUUGCACUUUGUGAAGUUGUCAACUCCUCAACACAUCUUCAAAAGUUCCAGAACGUCUGGGUUUGCAGUAAUCCGGAUUUGGUGUGCACCCGCUUCUUUUUUGUCUACGAAGGCGGACAAGUUGGCGAUCAGCUUGUAGAUACAAUGUUGACCAAGUUCAAAAGCGAGAUAGAAAACACGUUGAGUAUGAUGUCAAGUGGAGAGGACGACGGAUUAGUUGAAGAAGCGAGUCACAAAAAGUCGAACAAUGAGAGCAUGAUACGAAAUAACUCGGGAAAGGGAAAAAGUAAAUCGAACACUAAUUCAAGCUCAAAUUGAAAUCAGCUUGCCGCAUGUUGUAGUACAAUAGCCCUAAAAAUUAUCGCAAAAGGUUAGACGCAGUAUUUUAAGGUGUAAAUUGGUGGUUUAAAUUAUAUUAAUCGGAUGUAAGUUCGAGGUAAUUUACCAUUUAGACCUGGCAAUCUUUAUCGAUUUUUGUGAAGAUUUAUUGAUUAUUGUUGAGCUUACUUCUAUCCAUGCAUUUGUCUAUCUCUUUACGAACCUCCUUUUAAAAGCUUUCCAUUCAAAAUUUUCGAUUUUCGAUUUUUUUUCAUAUAGGAGUCAGUUAAUAAUGUUAACUAUUGGUGCUAUAUUUUCUAAAGAGCAUUCAUUCGUUAAGUGUUGUAUCCUUCGUAGUAGUAACUCUGUCAAAUUUCCAGAGGUUUUCAGUUGUGAUAUAAAACGCAAUCAUUGUCUCCAAAUUGACCUGAAUAUAAGAUGCAGUUUUGUAAGAUUCUCGUUUCAAUUAACUUUUUGCGGGAUAAUUUCAAAUUGACCUCAAAUAGGCAGAUUUUAUUGGCUAAUGUGACCCUAAAAUAGUAUAAUAUUUAUUCGUGUUCUUGUUUUAAAUCCAGUUUAGUUUAG